UGGCAUUUCAGCUUGGAAACUGAGGGGAGAUCUUAAUGCUUUCUUGGGGAACAUGAAGCUGGGGAAAUAGCUGUGUUAAGGGUCUCCCAUCACCAAAUGCUGCUCAGAGGAGACACAUGCUUCCCUGCCUGAUGGGUACAACUUGCACUUAUUCAAAAGCAGUGCUGGGCUGUCUGCCAGGAGCUAAGAAAUGGCUUGUCCUCAUGUGCUCAGGCCCCUGAGCUCCCAGCCGCUCUAGCAACUACAUUAGUUUCUGGCACAGGAGUCCCUCUAAGGUUACAAAGACAUUAUUCCCAGGUUUCAACCCCAAGAGCUGUAAAACGUAUCCUGCCUGACCCCUGUGCAAAGGCAGAAGCAUCGAGAUCCGCACACGUUCCGCUGGGUUUAGUUUUCACAUCCCCACUGCAUAUGCCACUGCAGCCUGCAUUCCUCUCCUGUUUGGUAAGCCCUUUGCCUCUCAAGCUGACACAGCUAAUAUUUCCCAUGCUGGCAGGGCAGGCAAGGUAGUGGCAUUUAACUGUUAAGGAGAAGCUUGAUCUGUUCAUACUGCAGAACCUCAGAGUAGUAAGGGCUGGUGCAUGCCUAGGAUUGGGUUUCUGCUGUUCUAGGUGUUUGUCCUCCAUGUUUUAGUUCCCUCCCUUGACUUGCAUUAUUCCCUGUGUCAUCCCGCUGUUUGUCCUUGCAAAUUACCAAGCAAUACCUUGGUAAUUUUUUUCUGCAAGGGGCUGGAAAGCUGUGUCGGAGUUUGUAAAACCUGCACCUACCUGACCCUUCUUACCUUGGUUUUGGAGCAUCUUCUGCCAGGGUGACUACAGUGCUUAGAAUAUCUCCCAUUUCUGACCACAGAGAAUGCUUCUGGUAGCCCUGCAGGCAGUUUGGGGUACAUGGCUCCGAGGGAGGUUUUAGUGGGUUUUUAGAAAAAUAACUGAUUAACUGCCCGCUGAGAGCUGGUCCCAGCCUCCAUUGCAUUGAUGUUGUCCUGGUGUACCACUUAGUGCCACCUGGGCUGUUUGCUCUUUAAAGCUUUUAUAACCACCUUUAUAACUGUCAGUGCAAUGGACAUGUGCUGGUGCUUCCUGGCAGGGUUUGUUUUUUACAGUGAUAAUGAUGGAUCACAAAGUUAAAUGUGGUUCUUACUCUAAAAAGCAUAAAAGUGUGGGGGUUUUGUUUGUUUAUAUUUGGUGGGUUAUUUUCUUCUUCUAAAGCAAGCAUUUACAUGUUUUUCUAUCACCUGUGAUACUCGGUGCUAAACUGAUGCUGCCAUGGGCCGCUGACCUCUGCGUAGUCACUGGAUGUAAUUGUACAGCCUCUAUCACUGCAGGAUUUUGGCUCCUCCCAAAGCCUGUGCUUCAGUACCAGCGAAAGCCAGAUGUACUAUAAUGUUGCUUUUUUACAGUUUGUUUUGGCCAUACAUGGGCAGAGUCAGCUCUGGAAUUCCUUCCCUAUAAAUUCAAUAGCAUCUUGUGGGUGGUGCUGGGGAAUCACUCUGGUCUGGUUGGAUCACCACAGCAGCCUGUUCCCCUUGAAAAUGUCCUGAUUUGCACAUUCCUGAGAGGCUGCCUGCUCCUGGAGCCAUGGCUUCAGCUACGAGGAGGCUGUCAUCCCAUGCUGGCAGGCAUAGCAGUCACCUUCCUGCUGCCUGCAGGUCGGGAGUGGUGGCAUAGAUAUACUGCUUCUGUGUGCAGGCAGGCUCUGCAGGGACAGUUGUGCCCUCUGAGCUUAACUGUUCUGCCUCCUAAAUUUCCCGUAUGGGCUUAAGCAUCGACCAUCAAGCCCCUCUCCUAGGGAUGGGGAGGCUGAGUGCUCUCCUGUUCCUGCCUGCCAUGGGAUGCUGUGUUGUGUGUCCCAGCAGAGAUCGAGGACCUCUCCAGUGGCACUGACGGCUGAGCCUUGCCCUCUCUGCUGCCAAGCUGGUAUCAUGAUAAACACAGCCUGAAUUUGCCUGUGUGCCUUCAAAGGGUACUCCAAAAAAUAGUUCUAGGAGGUUUUCUGUGGAUGAGUGAGGGAUGAAAGGAUGGUUUGUGGUGGGCAAGGGGUGAUAUCUCCUGGAGCUGCCCCUGUUGCAUGUCACCAGGCAUCCCAUGGAUGAGACAGAGAUGCAGUGUCACCCAUAGAUCCAGGAGCCUCCAAAGCACAGGUGAAGAAGGUGACAUGUAGUCCCAUGUCCAGGCUGUGUGUAGGUCAGUAACAGCGAUGUGCUCAGCUCAGGCUCCAGAGGGGCAAGUCCUCCCUGUGCCAAAGCUAGGGAGAGAAGGAUGAUUUUUUUUGACAUCCUUUGGAGUUUUGAUCUCCAUAUUUGGAAAUGUUUACCCAUUGCUCUGAUCUAUUGCAAGGGAGGGGAGGUGACUCAGGGUCUGGUGGAAGCAGGAUUUGAAUUCCUGUAGUAAGGUUCUCCCCCCCCAUACCCCCCCGCCCUUUCUUGUUUUGGAAGCUUGUUGUGGUCAGUUCUUAGUUCUCUCCUGCUCCUGGACCUUGUUCCAAAUUUGAUCUGCUCAGGAGGGAAGUGUGUUAGCGAAGGAGCUUGCCUGGAUGCUGAGUACUUUAUUACUGGGUGUGCCUGAAUGCAUCAGCCUUUGGAUGUGAACGUCUUUUCUUGAAACAGCCUUGUGAUAUCCUAACUGCCUGUUCUGUCAGGAUCCAGGUGCUUAUUUGAGCUGUGCCUGACUUUUGCUUUGGUCUCUUUGGGAAGCUCCUACAUAGCAGUGGGAAGACUCAGCUGGUGGAAAGAAGGCCCUUGUCAGAGGUCCCUUGGAAAAGCUUGUCGUACAUCUGCCUGAGUGCCUGACAGGGCCACCUUGCUUCCAGAUCUGAACCAUGUCCCACCCGUCCUGGCUGCCACCCAAGAGUACCAACGAGCCUGUUGGUCACAUUACUGCAAGGAUGGAGACCACACACACCUUUGGGACUCCCAGCAUCUCGGUGUCUACCCAGCAGACACCAAAGAAGUUUGCGCCUGUCGUUGCCCCCAAGCCAAAGUACAAUCCAUACAAGCAACCAGGAGGUGAUGGGGACUUCCUUCCUCCACCCCCACCUCCUGUGGAUGACCUCGGGAACAUCACAUCAUCACAAGGUGCCUUCCCUCCCCCACCCCCUCUGGAUGAUGUUACUUUCAAUGUGCAGGUGAAUCCUGGUGGCAAGACACUUGAGGAGAGGCGGUCCAGUUUAGAUGCAGAAAUCGACUCUCUAACGAGCAUCCUGGCUGACCUAGAGAGCAGCUCUCCUUACAAACCUCGGACUCAACAGGGCUCUGGCACCUCGAGCAGCUCCGCUGCCACCCCUCCAUCUGUGUCCACCCCUGUCACUGGCCACAAGCGGAUGAUCAUCCCCAACCAGCCUCCCCUCACAGCCACCAAGAAAUCCACCGCCAAGGGCCCAGGGCAGCCAGCACCCAUCCCGGUCACUCCUGUUGGAACCCUGAAACCACAACCAGUGCCGGCCCCCUAUGCCACAGCCUCUACCCCCAGCCGCCCGGCCUUCAAUGUCCAGGUGAGGACAGCGCAGCCCAGCCCGCACUACCAACCACCUGGCCCGCAGCCUGUGCACUAUGGCAGCCUGGGGCCCAGCCAGUCCUACACUCCCCCGCCGGCCCGCCUGCCCAGCACCCCGCAGUAUGGCGCUCCACAGCCCCACGGGCCUGACUAUGGCUAUGCCCCACCGCCUGCCCGGCCCUCGGAGCCUCCCUAUGGCUAUGCACCUCCACAGGGCCGCUACCAAGACCCCUACUAUGGGGGGUAUGGGGGGAGGAACGGCUCCGAAGCACCCUACAUGCCACAGAGCUCCUGGAAGGCUGAGCCAGCGUAUCCUGCUAGUAACACCGUGGGUCAGGGUCCUCCUGGGCUCUACCAGCCACCCGGCACGAAGAAGACCUACAUCACCGACCCCGUGCUGGCCCCACAGCCACCUGCGCUGCAGCAAAAGAGUGGGUACCCAAGCUCUGGACCUGCAUCAAGCACUCCUGUCUUCAGGCCUGAAGAUGAGCUGGAGCAUCUGACCAAGAAAAUGCUGUAUGACAUGGAGAAUCCUCCUUCUGAUGACUACUUUGGCCGCUGUGCCCGCUGUGGGGAGAAUGUUGUUGGAGAAGGGACUGGCUGUACAGCCAUGGACCAGGUCUUCCACGUGGAGUGCUUCACCUGCAUGAAGUGCAACAGCAAGCUGAGAGGUCAGCCUUUCUAUGCAGUGGAGAAGAAAGCCUACUGUGAACCCUGCUAUAUUAACACACUGGAGCGAUGCAGCGUCUGCGCAAAGCCCAUCAUGGAAAGGAUUCUGCGAGCCACUGGGAAGGCCUAUCAUCCCCACUGCUUCACCUGCGUGAUGUGCCAUCGCAGCCUGGAUGGGAUUCCCUUCACCGUGGACGCCGGUGGGAACAUCCACUGCAUCGAGGAUUUCCAUAAGAAAUUUGCACCGAGGUGUUCAGUGUGCAAGGAGCCCAUCAUGCCAGCCCCAGGACAAGAGGAGACUGUACGCAUUGUUGCCUUGGAUCGUGACUUCCAUGUCCAGUGCUACCGAUGUGAGGACUGUGGUGGCCUUCUGUCUGAAGGGGACAAUCAGGGCUGUUAUCCUCUGGAUGGGCACAUCCUUUGCAAGACCUGCAACUCUGCUCGGAUCCAGGCUCUGACGGCCAAGGCCAGCACUGAUCUCUGAGUAUCAACUGUGACCCUCCCCCAGGAUGCCUGUUAGGGGAUAUUGCACAAGCUUUGCAUGAUUUCUUUCCAGCCUAGGGUCUGAAUCUCUGUUUAAAAAAAAAAAAAAAGUAAAACUGGAAGGCCUUGGAACAAGAGGGCAGUUUGUGAGGCCAUGUUCAGACUGCCCAUGGCAGGCACCUAACUUAGACAUGACUUUUCAGGAGUGAGUCAGAGCACCUGCUGUCUCUGCAGCUGGUGGAGAUAGGUGGUCAUAGCACCUAAGUUAUCUGCCUGAAGGAGGCCUGAACAUGGUCCUAACUUUAUUUCUGUGUUUGAUUCCUGUCUUCUAAGUACGUGAAGGUAGGUGAAAAAUGGCUGAGCUAGUUCAUUCUUCCAAGUUAUUUGAGAACUUGACUAGCUGUCAUUGAAUUCACAGGUUGACUUUAAUAGGAUCUGGGUCACCAGUGAAGUAGCUCCUGUGCCCUAGAAGAUGCGAGAGCAAACUUGGCACUCCUCUCAUCACAACACAAACAAUGGAACUUCAAUGUACUGCACCUAAGAGUGCAGGUGUGACCUUGUAUUCUUUGAACACAGAUUUGUUACCUAUAUCUGUUUUCUUAGGCCCUUACUUGUCUCCAUUCCCUUCCAGUUUCAUAGGAUUUUUUCUUUUUCUUAUGAAAUUAUAUUUUACUAUUGCAUAAAUUUAUCCAGUAAUGAUGCUUCCAAUUCAUUAUGAAUGAGCAAUCACAGAAAGAAGUGAGCUUGCACACACUACACACCACACACACACACCACACACAUACACCCCCCCAUGUGCUUUUAAUUUACCAGAGGUGGAAGCCAAUCAUGUCUGUUAAGAAAGUGUUUUAAGGAUGUGGAGUGUAAACACAUUUUUAAAUUCCCAGUGGUUUAAAAAAAAAACCAACACAAACCCCAAAAAAGACUACAUAGAACUGCAGUGCAAAGCCUUGCUCAAAAAAAUCUUCAGCCACUCUCACACCCCAUUCUAGUGGGGCCACUGGUGGUGUUGGUUUCUAGGUAGACAUUUAAGCAACAGUCUUGUUCCAUCUCCUGUUUAUUGCAAUGGGAAGAUUUUCCUUCAACUGUAACAGGUAUUGAAUCAGGCCUUGGAAUAUACAUUUCUCUGAUGUUAACACAGAUGAUCUAGAGUUCUUAUAAAAAAAAUAAGAAUCUUACUUCAACAACAAAAAGAUUCUCCUAAAUACAUGCUGUUGUUUAGUUUUUAUGUUACAAAGGCUCAAGAAGGUAUUAAAACCUUCUCUAUGCCAUUCCGAAAAGCAAGCUUUUUUUUAUCCUCUUUCAUUUUCCUCCCAGCCACUUGUAACUUCUCUCUGGUGAGAUGUCAUUGCAUUAGCGUGCUGGGCCAGCAGCAGCAUUUUCAUCUUCAGAAUUAAUACAUAAGUCAAGGUAAAGCUGGGCGCACAUAAUCUUUUUUUCUCAUGUUGGGUUGGUGGUGGUUUUGGGGUGGUUGUUUUUUUGGAGGGGUUGUUUUUUUAAUUAAAAAAAAUUAGAAAUCCACGGCACUCUGAGCAGCUAUAAUAUUCUUGUUCAUGAAACCCAUAAUAACUAAGGUGCAAAUUACAUAGUGAGGGAGUAAUUUUCAUAUCACUGAAUUGACAUUAAAAUCUUAUUUGCAGAUGUAAUCAAAGAAAAUACCUUUCUUUGCACUUAAAUCAAGAAGCAGAACUGAAACAGUUUCAGGCUGAUUGACCAUAUAGGUGACAAACUGGCACUUUUCAAGAGUAAGUUAUAAGUUUUUUCAUGCAUCCACUGAAAAACAAUAAGAAUGUGGUGCUUUUAUCUUUGCUGUCUAUAACAGAAGCCUUAUGCGAUUAUACUCACCAAUGCUGAAAAGUUAGAUGAGCCAGACCGAUUGGAAACAAAGGGAAAAAUUCAGGUACUCACUGCAGCUCAUGCAAAUGGUGCAUUUCCUUUCAGUUUAGUACUAACCUUUAUGUUAGAGCACUGUGAAAUUUAAUAGCUUUAGCUGUAUACAGUAAAUUCAAAUACAGAAAUACCAGCCUGAAUCCUCUGCUCCUUACAUGGUUUAUAUGUUGGCAGACUCCACCAGUGUCAGGGAAGUUUCCCAAAAUUCCCAGCUCAGAAUGAAUCCUUCUUUGUAGAAGGGUGGCAUCAUUAAGAAAAAGAAAUCGUUUUCUAACACAGUGGCUGUGCUGAAGCAGUUUUGCCUUUUUAUACUACAUUUCUGCGUGGCCUUCAACAGUUUUACUGCUUCAGACGUAAACAAAUUUUUUUGCACCAUGACUCCUGCCAGGUUCCAUCUGGGUUCCUGCUCCCUGAACCAUGGCACGUAAGGGACUUCUGAGCUCACUUCUUUCUUUAUGUGCAGUCUGCACCAACACCCAUCAAAAAAACCUCACAACUAUUGAGCAAACCCAGUGUUAACUAACCAUACAAAACCAUGGGAGGUCAGAGAUGGGAUUGCUAACACCAUUAUAUAUCCCCGGGGAGGAUUUUUCAUCUCUGCAAGCACAGGGUAUGACGUGAUGCUCUUUGGUGCAGAAUAAGUUAUUCAUCAGGCAGCAAAUGUAGAUCUGAUCUUCCUUACUCUUGUUAGUGUUAAAUCAAGUGGCUGAUGAGACUCUCCUGAAUAACACUGGAGUAGUUGACGGAAACAAGCUAUUGUGCCUUCCUGCAGAAUGUGGUUGAGACUAAGGAAGACCAAAGUCCAGAGCCUCAGGGCUUUUUAUGGCCCUGCCUUAGGAGGAGCAAGUCAUAUGGCUUCUUGUCUUCUGCCCUCUGCAUGAGAGGGCUUCUUUCCAACUUCCCAGGGAUGUUAUGGGAAUUAAUCACAGAUUGGCCCAAACUACUGAUUUUUUGGAGUUCUGUCUUGUCUUUCCAGAAAACUUUGCUGGUAUGUAGGUUUGGGAUUCCAGCCCAUUUCAAAGCUAAGGGCUAGCCAGGAGAUCUAGAUCUGAAUCCUCUAUUAUUAGGGUGCUGAGGUGAGUUGGGCUGGCAUGCAGGGAGGUGAGAGCCAGAUUUUUCAAGCAUUAAAUACUUCAUGGAUGGAAGAUGCUUGACGAAGAUUGAGCAGUGUUGAUAUUUGAGGUACUGCGGCUAAUUUCUAGACCUGACGGAUCUGGGCAAAGGUAUAAUCGUGCUUUUGUUUUCACCCCUGAAACACCAAAGCCAUCUGCCUGUUGGAUGGAGGGAGUGUCCAAAACACUCCUCUUUAUUUUCUGUAGUGCAUGUGGUUUUGGCUUCUAAAAUUGUUAUAAAUAUAUUCGGAAGAUAUUGCAUAAAUGUAUGUACAUCGCAGAGGCUCUCACCACCCACAUGUGUGUGGAAAACUCCCCUCUGAUGCUUCAGGAUUUAAUUAGGAAAUGUUGGUGGACUUAUCUCAAUUGCACUGCAAUUAAGAACCACUGGGAUAUUUCUUCAUCACAAUAAUUGUCAUGUAUUUAUAAUAUAUCCUCUUUUAUCUUUUCCAAAGAAGGAGUCUUUUUGCCAAAGAGACCUUACUUCACUAAGGUGAACUUCUUAGCCAUGAUAAAAAUUCUCAUCAUCUGUGGCUGUAGUAAUGUCUGAAGUGUUCCUUUCAGAAAGAAUUGGAAGAUCACACAGACAUUUCUGUUCAAGUCUGCAGGUUUUGCUCAUGCUGCUUUGACUUUGUCUAGCAUUUAUGGGCAAGUAGAGCCUGAUCCCAUGAUUUGUGUGGCCAAACGGGCCCCAGAAGUGUCCAGGAUCAGGUUCUAAUUUAGCAAAAUAUUUAAGUCCCUGGUGUUUGUUUAAGCACAGGCUUAAAGCCAUUGCAUGGUGUGACAUGAGCCAUGGGUCUACAGCCAUUAAUACCAGACUGAUUCUGUAUCACCCAGUCAGACAUAUUUGACCUUGGUAGGAUGUAGGCACAGUCAAAUUUCUGUCAAAUUACCCAAACUGCAUGAAAUGGCUUCUGUGUCACUCUUACGCCAACUUCAGGAGGGCACAUGGUAGCUGAUCCAAUGUAACAUCUGGACAACAGGAAUUAUUACAAGAUCAAUGCUUUGUGUUCGGUGGCUGUGGCACUUUCCAGUUGUCACAAGUAGCCCUACAGCCAGAUUUACUGGAUCUUUGAACCAUGGCUUUAAAACUGUCUACUUAAACUUUCUCCAGAAGAUUGGGUUGCCUUGGUUACCACCCAAUCCUUAAGCAUAUCCCCAAGGCUAAUAAUAUUUUGUGAAUAUGAUGGUUUUAUUGUCACUUAGUUUAAUCACAGCCUGAACAUUGCUUUUAAAAACAGAAAGCCACACUCAUUGCCUUAGUCUAUCAGAUAAUGCACCCUUAAUUCUGUUUUGGUGGAGUUUUUUUAAUAUUUUAAUUCUUAGAUUUUUGUCACGGCUGCGAAACACUUGGGUAAUGACUUAAUCAUAGAGGUGUGGGAGUACCAAAGUGUUUAUCAUAGUGAACUCUACAUAAUACAGUUCAUCCUGACAGCAGGAGCAAGACUUUCAUGAGACACAGGCCUUAAAUUCAUUUUCUGCCUAUCAGCAAAAUGUGCCUGAUAAGAAUGAGAAAAAAAGUGUCUUUUAGAGAAAUAGUGAUUGUUGAAGAGAAUAUGCAACAAGCCAUACUGAAAGCUCUUUGGGCCUGCUGCAUUUGCUGCCUGUCCGUGGUCAUCCAAGCCUACUAUAGGUUUGAUAAAUGCUAGUUCCUUUUGAUUUUGAGAAAACCCAGCAAACAAGCGAUAACAGGACCCAAGAGAUGGUCCUUGAGAGAAAUCCUGUCUUUGCUUUCCUUCAGCAUCAGAGAUAAAUGCUAGACACCUGGUGCUUUAGCUGAAUGGCUCAGAAAGGAUUUGAGUUUAUAAUUGUUUCCUUUUGAUAUCUAGUUCCUGCAGUUGAUUCAUCAUGUUGAUUCGCUAUUUGUUCAUUGAAUUAGGUUGACUACACCUUGUAUAAACUUCAGUACUGUAAGUCAGGGCUGUCAGAGAGAGAUGUGCUGAAGACACUCACUGUGCUGCAAUUCCCAUGAGAAAACACUAGUGAUGGUAAUUGAGGGCUUGUUGUCAAAAGAUAGCAGGAAUACUUAGUACUGUCUACAGGUUAGUACAGUGCAAACUAAGAGUGAGCUGCGAGAACACUAUUUCCAGGUAGAGCUGGUUACAAUUUUUACGCUAAAUUUUGUGAUGUCAGAAGGGCCAUUUUUUUUAAUAAGAAAUUCUCUCAUUUCAAAAUGUUAUUCAAAACAAGUUUUGGUUUGGCUUGGGGGAAGGAAGGGGUUACUAUUACAAUUAAAACCAUAUUGAAUUUUUAUCUAAAAGAAUUCAGAAUUGUUAACAAAUAUUUUCAUUUCUCAGAAAAAACAUGUCUUCUUUCUCAUGUCUUAUUUUGUAGUUUCUUCUGCUGGUAAAUUAAAGUUCCUGUGACAAUUUUGAAAAUUUCUUUGGAUAAAAAUUCUAUUUAAAAACAACCGCAUGUAUUCUUGGGAAAUGGUUCAAUAUUGCACCUAGCGAAAUAAAAAAAACACAACACAACAACCUUGAAGCUUUUAACAAAAUCUUUUUUCCCUAUUUUUAAUGAGUUUUGCUAAUUUUGAAGGCAGUGGGCUUUUUGUUAGAAAAAUCUGAAUAAUAUGACUCUUCUGAAAAUAACAGUGUUAUUUCUAUUGGGUUCAGUUUUCUUGCCCACCUGAAAGCCAUAGAUUGGCUGGCUAUGGGGAGUGCCAGGGUCAUUUUCUGUGGCAAUUGCAAUUUCUGCCUUCACGUUUCUCCCCUCUGAAAUUACUGAAGAAUAUAAGCACAUUAUGGCAACUGCUGUGAGGAUCAAGAGAUACUGAUUGACCUUCCUCUCCACAUACCCUUCUGGACUUGUCACAUUUCUAGAAAUACUACCUGGCUUCCUCAGCAUUUCACGUUUGAAUUUUCAACAGUCAAUUGCCCAGCUGGCAUUUGAGCAAUGAGAGAGUGUAGACUUGUGAAAUUACAACAUUCACCCAGCACCUAAAAAUCUAAGAGAAAACCCAUAACUUUGAUAGGUUUCCUCGUGGAUACUGUGGAACAGCUCUCAUUUCAGCCUGAAAUUCUCUGAUCUGAAAAAAAGCUCAAACACUUGCAGACCACUGUGGCACAUACACUCACAUGCACACACAAGGUGCUUGUGAGAUCACAACUGUGUGGGAAUACAGGCUGUGAUACUGAGCACUGCUGUGUAUACCCCACUGGGCUUCAUUCCUUCUCCCUUUGGCUUCAUGAUACAUGUGGAAGCAGUGGGGUUGAUCACUGGCAUCAAGAGUAUUCAGUUCACACUUGUGUUUUAAUUUUGCUGUUUGUCCACAUUUCUCAUCACAUUGAGAUAUUUUAGAAAAUGAGGAAGGAAACAGAAGCCCCAGGUGGUGGCAUUACCUUUACUUUUCCAGGGUUUAGAGUCCCCCAUGGGGAACAUGGCAGUUGGAGUGUCUCUACUUUAUUGCCUCUGCCUCCUUUUGUCCGCAACUAGCUCUUGUUCCCCCUUUUUCCAUUUGCUCAACAUGCAGUCAGUUGUCUUUGCACUGAAGAUGGUAUGUUCCUUACUUAACAGCGGUCUUGUGAAUCUCAGCCAGGAGUUGGAAAAACUUUUCCAGAUCUUUAAUCAAGUAGUUUUGUACAUCCAUAGUAUCAGUGGCCUGCCACAUGGAUAGCAAAGAAAAUGAUUAUAAUUAUUGCUUUUAAAACGAUUAUGAAAUUGUGCCUUACUUUUUCAGUCAUAUUUAACCAUGUAAUUUAGAACCACAUGAUUGCAGGGAUUUAUCAUGAAGAAAUUGGUUUGAAGGAUAGUUUGUUUGGUUUUAAUUUUUUUUUUUUCUCCAAAACCGAAUUUAUUAGUUUUACCCCUUUUAUUUUUUUUUCCUCCAGUUUUAUUCCUUUAAUAUGUUUGUGUAAAAGGGCAGCCAGAAUUUGCAUUCGUGAGAGACAGAAGAUCUUAUUUGGUCUUGUAUGUGGAGCUUUCAUUUUCUUUUAAGUUCCUUCAGGAAAAUUCCUCUCUGCCCAUACUUAGAUGUCUUUAAAUGCAGGCUGACCAGUAAAGGUUUUUUGUUGUUUAAUUUAGUGUGUUGCUUGCUUUAGUGGUUGUUGUUUUGUUGUUUUUUUUUAAUUAACCAGAUAUUGGGUACUGUGGCGGCAUUUCACAUUAAUUCAGAAUGUUAAUGCUAAUUUUCAUAGAAAAGACAAAAUUAGAGUCUUUCCCUGUCUCCAGUGCAGUUUUGUUACUGUUCUGUGUACAACACUAAUAUUAAGCCAAACUGAAAAGGCAAAAUACUCAGUGACCUACUUCCAUUCACCAGCAAGAAUCCUUUGUCAGCUGACUCCUGUUUGUUUGUUCAUUUUUAAAUGUCGGAUUAGAGAACAAGCAUCUCCUAAAGAUGAAAGAAAACAGUGUUUUCAUGUGCAGGAAAUUUGGGGUUGCAGUAACAGAAUAUUUUCUUUGUGAAUUUGGAUGUCAUGGUGUUUUAAGCUCCUGCCUGGAGCCUAAAUCAAUUUGGCCUCUCAUCCAGUUCAUCUCACUGGUGCUCCUAAAAGGCUGCAACCCUGCAAAAGCUCAUGCAGCAUUUUUGGCUGCUUUCCCUUGCUCCCAUUUGGUACAUAUUUGCACAGUUUAACUGAGCUUUUAUUUCUGCUGAAGGUCAGAUGCAAGCGAUACGAAACACUAAACUUUAUAAACAAGCAAAGCCAUUUCAACCACAGCAUUUUGGACUAGAAUGGAUUUUUAGGUGGCGCACUGUCUGCUGGCCUUUGGAGAGGGGAUCCUGAGACUACAUUGGGCUGGAACAGGAUGCAAAGCCGCAAGCCUUGGGUUUUUUUAAUAAACUACUUACUGUAAUCCAGCUACACAGUUUCAGCCUCACACUUCAGAAGCUUCCAGCAGCAAUGCAUGUACAGGCACUUUCUCUCUUACAGAAAGUGAAACUUUCCCAACCAGAGUAAAUUUAACCUAUUGCAUAAGAUGCUGGAAGUUUUUUUUUCCUUGGGAUUCUCACCGUAACCCCUAUGUGUACAGGAUGAAUAGGUUUUCUCCCCUCCCGUCCUCUUUUUUUUUUUGCACAAGAUUAGAUGUUGCAUAUUGAUGAGCUAGCAUUUCAAAGGUCCGUGGGGCUUUGGAACACAUUAAGAAUCUCUGAAGUUUAAUAUUCACCAUGCUUUAAAUAUUCAGAAGGAAAAAUCUGCAUAAAAUGGCUUUUGAUAAAUACAUUCUAAGGAUUCUUUCUUUAUAUCUUACGCAACCGUUGUGGGGAUUGUGGCUGUGCCAGUUUUGUUCCAAAGUGUCCUUUGUUUCUGCAUUUCAGGACCAUUUUGAUCCCAUUUGUAUGCCCAGUGCUUGUCCUGCAGUCUUUUAUAUCUUCUACUGGAACUGUAUAGCAAGCAGAUGGUUGUGACCAAGGCAGAGGCACAGCUGAGCAUCAUUAACUCCUGAAUGUCUGCUUGAUUGCUCCCCCUUUUAUGGCAGCUGGGUAUGUCCAGCUUCCCUCUGUGAUGCAGUUUGGGAUCACCCCAGUGGUGAGGCCUGGCUGAGAUCUUUCUGCAAAGGUUCUCCACACCAGUGGGGAUGUAAGAAUGGAGAGGACAAGCUCCUGGGUGCAGGAGCAAAGCAAUGUGACCUUUAGUGCAUCUCAGGUCUCAGAGGGCAAUUUUCCCUUCCUUGGAUGUCCCUUUUUGGUAAGAGUCUCAGCAGUAAGAGAACUGUUAUUAGGAAAGCCCUUGUUUGGGUGUGUCCUGUUACCCAUGCUGUUGAAAACCUGACAAGGGCUUUAGAUAAAGAGGAUCAGUUAUGGGCUGCAAACACAUAGCUGUUUUACUGUAACAUUAGCUCUCUCGUUUGCCUUACCCUUGAUUUCCCAUGGUACACACCAUGGUGUGCAGGACAGCUUCUUUGUUCCUGCUCAUACACAGCCUUGACUUUGUCAUGCCAGUCUCUGUUGAAUUGGCACCUGGUGCUUGUUCUCAGGACUCCUCUGGCUUGGGCCAAGGGCAUCCCAUGCUCCUGUGCAAAAGGUGGUACUUUCAGGUUUUGGCUUACAAAUAAUGCAGCCCUUUCAAACACACCUUUCCCCUCUCAUGGAUUCCUGACAGAAGUAGGAUUUUAAAUAUUUCAUAGCAUUCUUCUUUCUUCUUCCUUUUUGCCAGAUGCCUUGAAAACAUUGUCAGAUUACGAUCUGAGUGGGAGUUUUCAGGAUCAAUUUCCUCUCCUUCUUGAUUGCAUGGUGUAGGUUUGCAAUGAGGGUUUUAUCCUUUUUUUUUUCUUCUUCUUUUUUUUUGUUUUUUUUUCCAGUCUUACAGAACAGAUGCCUUCAGUUUAUGCAGAGAAAGAUUGUCUGUGAUUAGCGCUAAUCCAGGAUGGCAGGAUUGGACCCCCACAGUGAAAGCUAGAAAAGUGAUUGCAAAAGUAUUCUGUUUCUCCUUUAUUAAUUACACAGGAAGUUUCCACUGAAGGCUCAUGUGGCCCAACUAGCCUAUGUAAUAAGUAGCAGGGCCUGUAAUUACAGUCUGUCUUCUGAUCCUAUCUGUGCUCUGACUUUCUAGGCACCACAGUUCUGUUUACAUCUGUGUCUUUGUCAUCUUCUAAAUUUUUGAUCAGUCACUAAGGGAAGUAGAGCACAAGGCAUGAGCCCUGCGGAGGUACAGAGAGUCUAAACGAGGGAGUCCUUCUUCUCAGGUAUCCACCUGAUUUAGGACAUGGAACAGAGCACAAGGAACAUGGGGGGGUUUACCAGCUGUGCAGUGGAGGGAGCGGGCUGCAUGCCAGCUGGGUAUCUUUCAAGAUCUUGGAGUCUUUGUAGGACUGGAAAUUUGAACCUUUUACAGGUCUUAACUAAUGUACUAUCCUGUGAGGGAGUUUAUGUAUCAGCAUUUCUUUGUUCACAGGAGUUUCUGGAGGAUUUGAUUUUUCUUUUCUGUAAGAUUCAGCAGUUUAUGGUUGCAAAGAGAUUCCUUCCACAUAUGGCAUGAGGAGGGAGAUGGCUUUUGGCAUCAUGCAGAAAAGCUGGGCCAGAAAUCCUAGUACUGGUGUGUAAAGCAAGGGUAACUUGAGUGGAAAGGAGAAGGCAGUGAUUUACAUGUGGUUCAGUACCAGGUUCACCAGCUCUGCACACCAGCAAGCACAGCCUUAAGCAGAUCGUCUCACCAGGGUGUCAAUCUUGAGACCUGGUAAUAAGUAAAUGGGCACCUUGUGAAAGUGUUUGGUGCUGGUCACCUUGACAGUAAUCUCGUCUCUUCGGAAGUUAGGGUGAAAGUACAGAAUGGUGCCCCACGGUCUUUUUCUUCAAGGCAUACUCUCAGUGCUAUGUUUGAUCAAGAGAAACAAAAGCCAUUGUGCAAACACUAUACUCUAUGCAAUGAAAUACUAACAGUCCAUUAUGUAUACUUCUAAUAUCCAUUAAACUGUCAUGCAAAUUGUCCCUUUUCUGCAUCUUGCACUGUUAUUUAAUUAUUUUUGGUCUGACUUCUCAAAAAAAAAAAACCUCAAUUAUUUUUGAAUUUUUUUCUAACUAUACUUCUAAGAAAGUUGAUUCUUUAAAGGAAGAAAACCCUUAGUUUCAAGGAUGUUUUUUUCAGGCUUUGAAAUUAAUAAUUUCUACACCUGACCCAGUUCCUGCAGCUGCCAAAAAAGAAAAGAGAAAGCUAUUUAAAUUUCUCAUAGAACCAUUUAUCUCUUAAAAUAUGCCAAGGCAAUUUGAGGUGGGGGUGGAGACUCAGCUAUUUAUCUCAGCAGCUUGAUUUUUCUCUUUAUGUUUCUAACUGUCAGGGGGAAAAAAAAAUGGUAGGAAGCUAUUCUUGGGCUAUUAUUGAUGUAUUGUGUACCAUUAUGCAGGAUGUCUGCUUUGCUAUAUACGGAAGGACAUUAAUAAUAGCCAUCUCCCCUGCCCCCACCCUCAGUUCCUCUUUGGGAAGAUAUGGCUUAAACUGGAGCAUCUGCCGUGUUCAAAUUGCUGCUCCCUCCUUCCCUUCCCCCAGUUCAUCCCCAAACUAGUUUUGGGAACAGGGCUAAGGGAAUAAGGAGACAGGUUGUAUGUGCCUGCUACUGUGGUUGCUCCAGGCAAGUCAUUUCCAUGCCAUGUACAUGUCUACCCUCUUCCUUCCCGUGUAUUGCCCCUCCUUUCGUUUUAAGUUAAUCAGUGCAAGGAAAAGCCAGCAACCCCUUUCUCACUUUUUCUCACAGGGGCUGGCUGGCAGAACGGGCUCAGCAACAGACCUCUCAUUUGCUAUUACCCAGCAUUUCAUAUCCAGAAACAUGGGUUUCAUUAUUUACCAUAAGCAGGAAAAUGUAUUCAUGUUCCCAUCCUUCCUACCCCAGGUUUAAAACAUUGUUAUGAAACUUUAAAGGGUCUGUCCGCUUGUUUAAAGACUCAGAUGCUUUUUUUUUAUCUUUGGAAGCAGAGUGUACAGUGAACAGGAAUAGUUUGAUGUUUAAAAAAUAGCCCCACUUCAGCAUUCCCCUGAAGUGCGGGAAGUCCUGUCUCCACAGGUCUGUGCCAGGAGUGUGACAGCCCAGAGAGCAAAGCCUACUUGAACAGGAAAAAAAACUGGCCUGCCCCACUUCAUCUGUGAGAACAGAGAGGUGAAAAUAGUAAAGGGCAAAAAAUAAAGGACAUAAUUGCUCUGAUUUUUUUUUUUUUUUAAUUACUGUUCCUAUGUCUUGUGCUUAUUUAGUUCCAUAGAACCUUUGCUUAUUCAGCAUUUCUGAUAGUCAGGACCAUGUGCUUUCUAUGGUGUCAUUAUUUUUGCUCAUCUUUUGCUGUGUCCUAGUCUUGUUUUGGUCCCUAUAUGGUAUGGAACCAUUUAGGUAUGGAGCACUGAAUUAAAAGAGUAUUAGGAGCCCUGUCUAGGAAAGAUAACCUAGAGUUUAGAACCAGCAAAUGCAAUCAGAAUAUUUUCUAGUUCUGGUAUUGAGAGGUUUUCCAAAUACACAUUCUAGAUGGGAGGAAUGCCUUUGUUUGGGAAAGUGCUCAAAUUUCAAACCAGAUUCUGAAAUCUUUGAAUUUGAAAUUUGAAUUUUUGAAUGUCCAUUCAGUAUAUUUUCUUGUUGCUUUUAUUGUCUUCCUUGGUGGUGGCCAAGGAGAAAAAAAUGCCACCCUCUGAAGUGUUGCCAGAGACCAGCACCUCCUCUGCAAAUGUUUGCUCCAUCUGCAGCUUGCCACACUGCUGUGACAUGGGAGCAAGGAAGGCCUGCUAAUGAAGCAAGGUCCAAUUCAUCCUCUCUGUAGUGAGAGCUGUUCCCUGUGGUGAGUUUGUGUCCAGACUAGGGUUUGAUCCUGUCUUCCUAGUUCAAGUAUUUUGCCAGAAACGAGUGUUUUCUUUCUGCCAUUAGCUACGGGAUUGUGUGCAAUGAUUAGGAUUUGCAGGGAGGGAGGAGAAGAUCCAAUUAGGCUACCUUUGUGCUAAUGUUUCAUUCAAGGCUGUAUGAUAUAAGAGCAGUUCACACUGAAAUGCACAGCUGGAGGUUGUGGUUUUCGUUUCAACUAUGUUGAGAUGGUACCCAUUGAAAACACAGAACUGGGGCACUUUCCUUACAUCUGCCAGUGCUUUACUGACAGUUCAGUAUGGGUUGGAAACCCAUUUUGGUUUGGCAAAUGGACAUUUUUUGCCUUGUUACCUGAACCUGAUUUGUUCUUUGCUUUAUCCACCUAAAAAGUAGUAUUUCCAGUGUGCCUAAUGCCUAAGUAGCUAAGCACCUGACAAGCAUCUCAGAGCAGCCAGCAAGGUGAAGAGUAGGCUAUUAACAGAACUGCCUUUAUAGAAGUGGUAUUCCACUUUCUUCACUAUGUGCCUUUUCAGAGACCUGCGGUGCUCCUUUAUGGGCAGCAAAGAAAUAGUGUUAGUGCCAAGCAGUGGUAGGAACUAUGAGAAUGUUGUAGAAGAGAAGCAAGAGGUUAAUUUUAAGCAUCUGUUCUCCACUGAGAUAAGCAAAGCAAUGGCUUAUCCCAUCAGCACUGCUUGUCAUCUUGCUUAAACCACCUCAUUGUCUGGUAGUCAACUGCUCAGUAGUGGAGGUACUUGGGUAUAUCCCCUCAAGUGUCUAUCUUACCAGAAGUACAAAGUCAUUCAUAUAUGAAGACUUUAUUCACUUAAUAUUAUUUCUUAUAAGUUCUGUUACUCAUUUUUUAUAUAAAGUUAGAGGAGAAAAUCUGAAGGUUAACCAAAGCCUGGAUGUUUCAUUGGUGCUACUCUAUUAAAAAGGCUAAUGUGCUCUCACUUUCAAUCCUCAAAAAUCAUGUUUUAGGAAACUUUUUCCUGCUGUGGUCAGAGAGGAAAUGCAAGAUUUAUUGGAAAUGCAGCAAACGUAGAGGUUUGAUGUUUUAAUGCUCAGUACUGCACCACUGUGAUCUCUGCUGUUACCUCUGGAGAGUAAGGACUGAGUAUUGGCAGAGGUAUGGGCAAAGCAAAGGUAUGCUUGGACUUUCUCAUGAUCUUGCUAGACAGGAUCUGCCUUGGUGAGACUUCAGCUUCCUUCACGGUCCUAGUUUCCUAUGCCAUGGCUUGUGUUUUGAACUGUCAGAGAGACUGGAGGGCUUCCUCCACUGCCUUCCCUCCGGUUAGUCAAAUGGUUGAGUAGGAGUUCUUAUUCUGCAGUUUCGGUAAGGGCUCUUUCCCACUCAGAACAAAGAGCAGAAGUUUGUUGUACUUUAGAGCUUAAUCUCUAACACUAGCUUCACUUGUGGCCUGAUGUAAUUAAUGGGGUCUGAAUCACACACGGGUCAUUCCAUAACGAUUACUAUUUGCUAAAUGCCCGUGGUGAACCCCCCUAGGACUGGGAGAUUGGCUUAGCUCUUUGAAACUGCAAGGAGGGAGUGCGCCCAAGAAUGUAUUUGUCCUAUGUAGCUGCUAUGCUUUGGCCUGUCCCUGCCAGCUGUAGAUCUGUCUGCUCUGGGUUCACCGGUGAUUGUUUAUUGGAUGUGCAGUAAUUCACUGCACAUGACUAGGCUGGGUUUGAGGUGGUAUUUCAGUUUUAUGGUAGCUGUUGGUUUAGCUCUUGAGAUAAGAGAAGGUUUCCAUUGUUGCCUUUGUUGCGGUUGGGAGGGAGCGUGACUGUCCACGCUUCUCCUUGCCCUGCACCAGCAGACAGAGGCUCUCGGUGACAUGGGAAGCCUCUUCCUUUUAAAUGUGAAUCACUUGCCUUGGUAUCUGGGCAAGAAAGGGGCACAAGGAGGCAUUCCUUACACGAGGCAUGCCUUCUGCUGCACAAUCCAUGCUCUCAGAUCCUAAUGAAGUAACAUUACUUGAGCUUUUAGUACUGGUCUCCUAUCUGUCAGAGCUUGGGGAUACCAGAGUUUUACCCCUUGCUGGGCACAAGAACUACCCAAGUCUGUGAGGGGCCCAAUCCUGCUGCCAAUGGAGUUUUUCCAAAUCCUGCGAGUUGCUGAAUGCACCUCUGGUGAGCUGCUGAAUAGCCUGGCUUGUCACUGAGCCCAUCAGGCCGCUUGUCUCCGUACUGACUACUUCUGUCGGGCUUUGAGGGCACUCAGGAAAUGCAAUCAGCACCUUAUGGGAUCAGUCCGCUGAGUAAAAUAUGAAGUUUUUUUUUCCUCUGGUAACUUGUGUGCAUGAGUUGAAAACCAUUUAUUCCACUUUAUUCUGAGGACAGAUGCAGCAUAUACACAUUUUCUAUAUUUAUAAAUAUAUAUAGAGAUAUAUAUUUUGUUCUCAGCUAGUUACCUCUUCUAAACUACAAUUUUCAGAGCAACCGGCAUAUAUUUUUUAUUCAACACAUAAAAUGACUUUUUACAGUAAGAGAAUGAAAGCUGUUUUAAGCAUGUGUUUUCUGUAUUUUUAUUACGCAUUAUCCAAUUAUAUUGAGAUGUAUUUUCCUCUUUGCUCUACUCUUUCAGCUGUUAUCCUUUUUCAGUUAUGCUUUUCUAAUGUUUUGUAAGGGAAAAUAAAUAUGCAAAAUCGCCAGAUGCCUUUUUUCUUUGCAGAAGAAGUAUCACAAAUGCUUUUUUAUUACAUUUUACCAAUCCAAUAAACUCCAUAUAAAUUUCA